UCAGUCCUUUGUUCUCUUCUAAAUACUUUCUGCUUCUCUUUUGCCUGAAGUUUGCUAGUCGUCUCAUCUUGGAAACCCUACUAAAAGGUCUUGUAGGAACAAUGGGGAGGUCGCCAUGCUGCGACGAGGUCGGCCUAAAGAAGGGGCCAUGGACACCGGAGGAGGACAAGAAGCUAAUGGAAUUUAUUCAUAAGCAGGGUCAUGGGAGCUGGCGGCGGCUCCCGAAGCUCGCCGGCCUUAACAGGUGCGGUAAGAGCUGCCGGCUCCGGUGGACCAACUACCUUCGGCCGGAUAUCAAGAGAGGGAAGUUCUCUGAAGAAGAAGAAAAGCUCAUCAUCGACCUCCACUCGGUUCUUGGGAACAAGUGGUCAUCAAUAGCAGCCCGCUUGGCAGGGAGGACGGAUAAUGAGAUCAAGAACUAUUGGAACACCCAUCUACGGAGGAAGCUCCUUCAGAUGGGUAUAGACCCGGUGACGCAUAGGCCGAGAACUGAUCUCAAUCUUCUUGGUGCCCUCCGUGAUCUUCUCCCAACCGCCAACUUUGGAAACUUGAGUCAUUUGGAUAAUGCUUUUACGCUACAGGCGGAUGCUGCUCUCUUAGCCAGGUUGCAGUUGGUGCAAAACCUACUUCGGGUUGUAACUAAUAGCCCAACUUCAAAUAUAGAUUUGAUGGGUCUCUUGGGAUCAGCCUCCCUCAGGAAUCACCAAUUGAGUUACCUCCUGCAGUUAAGUCGCCAGUACGAGGGGCUUAUCAAUAGCUCUCUCAGCCCUCAUGGUUCAAUUCAAAUGCCUUCAAGCCUUCCAAAUUUGGGCUUCCAAAACUUAUUGAAUAAUAUUCAAGCAUACAGCAAGUCAAGCCUUUCUCUCAACGAAGGAGAAGUGGUUGCACAGCUCGAUGCUUCUUGCUUAAGCGAGCAUAGAGCAGAGAACAAUGGUGUCAGUGCUAAUUCUAAUUCCUUCCCAACUUCAAAUUCCGCACCUUCACUUGUUCCAGCCUCUCCAGAGGACACCCACAUGGAUCAAAUGCAAGGUCGACUCAUCACCUCGAGCAAUGUAUCAUCCAUCCCAGAACCCUCUGAAGCUUGGGAAGACCUAAAUUUAGAUGAUCUGAGCAGUGACUUUGGGUGGAAAGAUUUUCUAGACCAAAUGCCGUGGUCCGGUGCAUCAUAGAGCAUUUAAAGGAGCCAUUUGUCCAUAGCAGCAAAAAAUUCGUGGUUAUUUUAAACAUUCAAAGAGUCCAAAAUAGUGUUUAGAGGUUAUGAAGCAAGACUUCUGAUAUAUGUCAAAAGUUCAUGUAAACUCUUUAUACGAGUUUCUUCUUUCUUACCGUUCUCCUUUUCCCCCUAUAUGUUUUUUUUGGUACACUUGUAAUGGGGUGUUAGCUACGUUUGAUAUCCUUAAUGAAUGAAUCUCUUUUGUCA